CUGCCUGUUCUCGGUUAGUUUUUUAUCUCGAGAAGUUAAUCCUAGUAUAAUAUCCUCAUCCACAUAAAGAUAUGUGGAAUUUGUAGUCAGGCUUUAGGUCACAGUGCAAUUUCAUGGUUAAAUUAUAAAAGCUUUCAUAAACAUGUGUGAGGAAAACAUUAACUACCCCUGUAGUAGAAAUAGUUUUAUGAAGAAUGUGAGCUGUGAGAGAUAACCCUGAGCAAUAGAAUUUCAGAGCUAAAAUGGGUAUUAAGGAUUAUAUUAUCCACCCCCCUCAUUGAACAAAUAAGGAAAUUUAGGCCUGAAGUACAUCAGGUGAUUGCCCACCUCUACGGAACACCAGAACUGGGCCCAGUCCACACUCCUUCUUGUACACCAUGGUAUAUUUAAUAAGCUACAUACCAGUCAUGCCAUGGCUUAUCUGUCAUUUUUUUAAAGAAUCAAAGAUACUUCCUUUUUUCCUUCUGAAUCUCUGUGAUACUAGGUCAUGAAACAAAAUUGACUUAGGAUUCAGAUCCAGAUUUUCUGAGCUUUUCCUACUAUUGUAUAUCUAAUGUAAAUUAUACUGUCACUCUUGGUUAAAAGCUUGCCAUAUUUUUACUAUUGUCUUUCUAUUUUGUUGAUGAAAGUAAUUAUAUUCACUGUCUAUGAGGCUAUUGGGAACCCAUGUGCUCUGUAUUUAAAUUUCUCCUUUAAUUUGCUGUAUUGAUCUAUGACCCUGAUCAUUAAUUUGUUUAGUAAGCAGACACUGUGUCAUAUGGAUUCAGCGAAUUUCUCAUAAAAUUAGGAGGUAAAUACCUGGAUGUUAACUCAUGCAAGAGUGCAAAGUGCUUUAAAAAUUAUAGUGACAUUAAAUGACACAUGACACAACAUAUUAUAGAAUAAAAAAGUUGUGUCACUCUGCAAUACAAUGCUUUUUAAAAUCUAGCUUUGAUUUGAUGUUAUGUUUCUUUAAUAGCUAUGUAAAUGUGAAUGCACAUCCAUGUGGGGUUCCAAAUUCUGUAUAGUAUUGUCAGCCUCUGGCUAAGUCACUUACGAUUAGUGAUAAAAACAUGUAAGUUACAUGUUUUUCUUUAAUUUGGACACAAAGACUUAGCUACAGACACAGCUUAAUGAAGAGUAACUUCUCUCUUUUGGCUAGGAUAGCCUCAGAGGAGGACUGUCAUUUGAAAGCUGAACCUAUCAGAUGGUUGGCAGUAUGUGGUAUAUGUACCUUACAAAGGACCUGUCAUCUGAGAAGAGAAAGGCUCCAGAAUGGGAGAAGUAAAGAACAAAGACUCAAUGUGGGACAACUUGACCUUCAAAGAGAAUCAGCGAAGGCAUCCAUCCAGGAAUCAGGAGCAUUUCUACCGCGGCACAUACCAGAAGAGAGAUACAGGAUGCAGAGCAAGCCCCUAGGAAUCUGCCUGAUAAUCGAUUGCAUUGGCAAUGACACAGAGUUUCUUCGGAACACCUUUACUUCCCUGGGCUAUGAAGUCCAGUAUUUCUUGUAUCUGAGGAUGGACAGUAUCAUCCAGAUUCUUCGCCAAGUUGCCUGCAUGCCCCAACAUGAAGACUACGACAGCUUUGUGUGUGUCCUGGUGAGCCGAGGCGGCUCCCACAGUGUGUUUGGCGUGGAUCAGACACACUCGGGUUUCCCUUUGGAUCAGGUCAGGAGGAUGUUCAUGGGAGACGCAUGCCCUUCUCUCUUAGGGAAGCCAAAGCUCUUUUUUAUUCAGAACUAUGUGGUGUCAGAGGACCCGCUGGACAACGGCAGCUUGCUGGAGGUGGAUGGACCAGCCAUCAGCAAUGUGGAAUCCAAAGCCAAGCAGCCUGGGCCAGGCACCAUUCACCGAGAAGCGGACUUCCUCUGGAGCCUGUGCAAGGCGGAUGUGUCCCUGUUGGAACGGCCCUCCAGCCCUCCUUCAUUGUACCUGCAGUGCCUCUCCCAGAAACUGGGGAAAGAAAGAAGACGCCCGCUCCUCGAACUCCACAUUGAACUCAAUGGCAGCGUGUAUGACUGGAACAGCAGAGUGUCUGCUAAGGAGAGGUACUAUGUCUGGCUGCAGCAUACUCUGAGAAAGAAGCUUGUCCUCUCUUGCAAAUGAACAGCCAAAAGUCUUUCCUAGCUCUACCGUCUCCACCACUAGCCAGAGGUAGUUUUCAAACGAGUCUAUGUGUCAUGUGGGGGAAGGUGAGGUCCCGUAGGUGCUGAAAUGAGCCUCUGUGAGGAAUGGGGUCAGGAGGGUGUGUUUGAACCAAAGCCUCUGGACGGAAGGCUUUGGCUUCUGUUGCUGAAAGCAUGUCAAGCCUGUGUUAGGAAGCAAAUGGCUCUGAAACCUGAAAAAGGACUGGUUGAGUUGGGUGCCUCAGGAUUAUGUUGCCUUCCUUUGUGCAAUCAAGUAAAUCAGAGCCACGGAGAUAGGAUUGUAGUCACACAGUCUAUGAGCCUGUGGGUAUCCAUGCUCCAAUAGAAAAGUUAAAAAAACCACAACAAGGAAACAUAACAUACACUUAAACUCUUACAUACCGCCAACCACCACAGUUAACGUGCAGUUUUUUUUCUGUACCCAAGAAAAAAUGUCUGAAUGUGAAGACCGGGUGGCUGUCCUCCUCUGUUCAGGUUACUAUGACAAAGUACCGGAGACGGGACGGCUUAGAGAAACACCUGCUUCUUGUGCUUUUAGAGACUGGGAAGUCCAAGAUCAAGGCUCUGGCAGGUCUGGUGUCUGAUGAGGACCCGCCUCUGGGUCUGCUGGUGGCCAUGUUCUCACCAGGCCCUCACAUGGCAGAGGACAGAGAGAGGAAGCAAGCUGUCUUGUGAUGGCUCCACCUUCAUGACCCAAUUACCUCAAAAUGCUCUGUUUCCUAAUAUCAUCACACUGAGAGUUAUAAUAUCAUCACACUGAGAGUUAUUCUCAAAUAUUCACCUCAAAAAUUCAACCUAUGAAUUUGGUGAGGGAAGCAAACAUUCAGGGCACAACUGUGCCUUUAUAAUUCGAGAUUGCUUGUCUGUCUGGGACUCAAGUGGUAUUUUACAGCUAAUCAUGUAUACCUUUCUUUCUCAGAUUUGAUGGGAUGACCUAAAAGCAGGUCAUUAUUUAAAAUAUCAUUUAAAGUUUAAAAAAAAUUAUUUAUUUUUAUAUUUUUUGGCUUGGUGUUAAAUGGUAUGUAUCUCUAUGUGUAAAUGCAGUAAAAUAUUUCAAGUCUUAUAAUAGCCCCAAACUGAAAAUUUACACAGUGUUCAGGAAUAAGAGUAUGGUUAUGAUGUAAUGUUCACUGAUUGGUAUUUUAUGUAACCAUUAAAAUUAUGUUUAUAAAUAAUAAGAGCUUACAUUGAGCUGUUAUUAGCUCAUUACAUAAAUUACAUGGAUUAUCUCAUUUAAUCCCCCCUCAAAAACAGCUCUGUGAGGUAGGUAUUACUGCUCUCAUCAUUUUUCUUGCAUUUUAUAGAUGAGGAAGAUGAGCACAGUGAUGUUAAGCAGCUUACUCAGGGUCAGCCCAUACUAGGAUAUAAACUCAAGCCCUAUAAAGAGAGCCACUUUGGGGCCCAAAUCCUUAACCAGUUCACAAUAUGGCCUUGACAGAACAUCCUGAUGAGAAAAAUGCUCAUAUAUUCAUGUUACAUGGGAAAGAGUACAAAAUAGUCUGUUUAUUGUAACUAUGCUUAAAAGAAAAAAACCCUCUCAUAGGAAAACAAAAGGCCAGAAAGAAAUGGUUCAAAUGGCAUAUGGGUGACAGACCUAUGGCUGAUAUUUUCUCUUUCUGUUUUCCAAAUUCUCAGCUCUUUUUGUCUACAUAUUUGAGAAUAUUGGCUUCUGCCUUAAAGCCUAGGUAAUUCCUUUCAACUUUUAAGGAGUUGGUUCUUCAUCACUAACAAAACUACCCCCCUCUUCUUACUUUUGUCCUCACUUCUCUUGAGCCCCUCUUUUCCAGAAGCAGGACCCCUAGUCUCAGGGCUGCUUUUCUGAGCCACUGGUUAGGAUGACUGAUUAGUCAACCCCUCAUUGACCCUUAUCCCGACCCCUGUUCUGUCCCAUCUGCUGUUCUAUCCCAUUCCCCCGUUCCUUCAACCCUCUUCCUAGAAUAGGUCAUCGUUGGGAUCACUUGAAACCUUCUUCUCUCUGCAGUGUUUGAUAUGAGAAUCUCUUCUUGCCCUCUGAGAUUUUAGGAGCAAGUGUUCAGGAGUGAGGAUGUUAUUUAUGCUGCUAGGGGUCAGAGUUUGAGGUCAACCAUGUCAAUUUGUCUGUGUUCAGACUCCACUUGCUAUCCGCACAGACUCAUUUUCUUUUUCCUUAGUAAUAGAAAACUUGAUUUGUGACGGGGCACAAAGCUUCACAGAAUAUAGUCUACUUGGCCAAGCUCCAGACUGUAGCUAGAUGUGGUCACGUGUCCAGGUCCUGGCCAAUAACAUGUAGGCAACAGUAUCAUUUGGCAGCUGCUGAAAACUUUCCUCCAAAGGCAGUUGUUUUUUUUUCAAUAUGGUACUGGCACAAAAAUAGAUGCAUAGAUCAACAGAACAGAAUAAAGGGCCAGAAAUAAACCUAUGAUUAUAUGGUCAA